AUGUCUGGCGACGUCAGCAAGAAAGAAUUCUACACUCAACUCUACACGGAGAGGACGCAGAUGUUAUUUCGAAAGUUGGGGAUUGUGGCCGAUGGCUACACUCCGUCAGAGCUGUGGGACUUGCUGGACAUCACACAGAGCGGGGCCAUUGUACAGGCUGACUUUGCUCACGCAAUUAGGCAGAUUAUGGGGCAAGGCCGCGCCAUUGAUAUCUACAGGCUCAAGAAAGAUAUGCACAUCAUCUCGAGGCAGGUUGGCGAUUUGAGCAAGACGAUGCCCGGGCCGUCCCUGAGUGUCUCCGCUCGCUUCUUGGAGACCUCCACCUUGCGGAACCCAAAAGGGAAUCACAAGGACACGGUUGCAGCUGACGAUGCCGGUGCGGCUUUCGAAACCACCGACCCGGCCGAGAGGGAUGGCUGGAACAACGAUGACAAUCGUGGGGCGAUUGGAGUGGACGGCAGUGGGGCGAAUGGCAAGAUCGACGAGGUCAUGCUGAAGGACAACGCCGGCCAGAAGCCGGACAUGAAGGAAGAGCCGAACGGCGUCAGUCCGACGCAUCCGGCUCCGGGAGUACGAGGACUGGAAACGCUGGAACUCCUGGUGGGAGAAGCCAGGGCCGAGUUCGAGGACUACAGGCGGCGAUGGCAGCGGCACGACCUCUACGACCGCGUGGUCUACGUGGGCGUCUACGACUCGGAAGCAUGGCAGCCUCCCGAACGCGGAAGUGGCGGGGGCAAAGGAUCCUCCGAGAAGCUCAUCAUCCCCACCUUCAGCGGAGAAGGUGAAGACGGCGACCUCGGGAUGUCUGCUCGUAGCUACCCGAGGCAAAUUGCAGCGUGGGAGAAGAUGACCAAGUUGGCCAAGGACCAGCGUGCCCUAGUCCUGUAUCAGAAUCUCCAGGGGUCGGCUUGGGUUAAUGCUGAGUCCUUGAGUGUUGAGCUUUUGGGGCAACCUGACGGAGUUCAGUAUCUGCGUGACUGGAUAGAGCAGCACUACCUUGACGUUGAGGUGACGUUGGUUGGAAGGUCUUUGAGCGAUUUGUUCCGGAAAUUGAAGAGGAAACCUUCCCAAUCUUUCAGGGACUAUGCCGCGGAGUUCAACAGGUUGUUGGCCAGGGUGACGGAGUGUGGAUGCAAGUUGCCAAACGUGGCGACGGCAUGGCUGUUUGUCGACCGUGCUAACCUGGAUGAGGCCACUGAGGUUAGCCUCCUGGCCAGUGUCGGGAACAAGUAUGCCCUGAAGGCCCUCCAAGCUGCAGCCAUCAUCCUCGACAGGUCCAUGCGGAAGCCUUGGGAGAAAGGCGGACGGUGCGAAAGCAACCGCCGGGCCCAUGUGGUCAACCAGACUGAGGCCGCGGAAAACGAGGACACUGAAGAUGGCGAUGAGCUCGACCCCCCGGACGGCGACUUUGGAUCCGACGACGAGGACCUCUACGUCACCUACAUGACGGCCAAGGCGAAGUACAAGGACUUCACCAAAGCGCGUGGCAUAGAGCAGAACGAAGGAAACAAUGGCAAAAAGAUGGCGGAAGACCGCAUCAAAGCCGCGAAGAUGAAGAGCCAUUGCUCAGCUUGCGGACAACGCGGACAUUGGCAUCGUGAUGCAGUCUGCCCUAAACGGAGAUCCAUUGCUGGGAACAACGAUAACCAGGUCCAGACAAUCCAUGUGACAAAUGAGAUCUGCGAGCUGUCGGCGGUGAACCUUGCAGAGCUCCCGGCGGUGCUUGACACCGCGUGCUCGAAGACCGUCGUGGGCACCGGAUGGCUCCAGCGAUACCUCGACUACAUCAAGGGCAAAGGCCUCGAUCCUGGCUUCGUGUACGAAAAGGAUGCCUUCCGCUUUGGUGCCGCCCACAAGAUUUAUGAGGCGAACUACUCCGCCAUUAUCCUCAUGGCCAUUGGCAGCAAGUGGGUGGCAGUGAAGGCCGCCGUGAUUCAUGGAGACAUUCCUCUUCUCAUGUCGAGACCGGCUUUGGCGCACCUUGGCUUAGUCUUGGACCUGGGCAAGAAUGUGGCAGACUUCCGUGCAGUGAGUAGCGGGGAAUUCAACUUGAAGGCCACUCCUAGCGGCCACCCCGCAAUCUGCGUGGACCAUCGUGGGCUUGCCAAGCCUAAUGUUUCUGAGCUCCCCAAGGUUUGGGAGAACCACGGCAUCUCGAUCCUGAAUGUGCGCGAGGUAUACAUGGUAGGCAACUUCAUGCCAGAUCAGGGAUUCGUUGCAUCAGUGAGUUCCGAAGAACAGGUUCCCCGCGUAUUCUACGAGAAACAAUUAGGCCCCGCCAUAAAGAACCUCCUCACUGCUGACAGCCUGCGCCCUACGGCAGCUACCAAGAUUGGAUCGUGUCUCCGGUUCAAUGAGAUUGUCGGGGUAGACUUGAUGUACUGCCACGACUCCGAGGGCGUGAAGCACCAGCUGAUGUUGAUAGUCGACUUCUCCUCCAGCUACCACGUCGUUGUGGCCGUCUCCCGGAAGGACACGUACCACCUGGAACGAGCCUUCUGUGAGUACUGGUUGAACGUCUUCGGCGCUCCCAAGGUCCUUGCCAUUGACGUGGAGACAGGACUCGAGAAGUCUUUGUCUAGAGUCGGAGACUACACCGGCACCAAGCUCCGGCACGCAGCGGGCCAGGCGCGCUGGCAAGCAGGGUGUACAGAGAGACAAGGCACUCUGUGGAACACCAUCUUCGCCAAAAUCAGUGAUGAGAUGGCCAUAACGAAGGGCGAGCUGCUCUUGGCAAUCGGGGCAGUAUCAUCUGCCAAGAACAACUUGAUCAAGACGAGCGGCUACUCGCCAGCACAACACGUCUUUGGUUCCACUGCCAAUAUCCCUGAGGACUUGAUCAACGGACGCCGGGCCUUUGGCCUCGGAGAUGAGCCUGUCAUCGACGACAGUCAUGCCAGAGAAGUUGCGAUUCAGACAAGUGCCCGAGUCGCUUUUCAUCAGGUCCAGACAGACGAAAGAGUCCGGUUGGCGAGCAAGUCUUCUACUGGAGGAAGCCGGCGACUUCCAAGAAUGGGAGGUGGAUUGGACCAGCCGCGCUCCCUUCGGGCCGCCCGAGAAGACCUCGAACGCCUUCUCCAAGCCGACGACGAACAGGAAGAGGCCUUCAACGAGGACGACGUGGACAUCGAGGACUACGUGGAGGCGGACGACGAGGAGAUGGCCGAGCUCGGGGGCGAGGACGAAGGAGCACCUCGUGGCAGACAACGUCGGCCCACCGAAGCGGCGGCUCGGUGCGGUGUAGGCACUCAUCCUAACGCUUCCUGCUAUGCUUGCCUCGGCUCCAACGAGGGCUUUCUCUACUUCUACGUUACGGGUGCUCGAGUCGGCUAUGCCAUCUUGCAACAAGAUGCCGCAGGCCGCCCCCCAGGUGCUCAAGAGGCAUCGAACAAAAGGGCCGGGUCACGGGAGAAGCAAUUAGAAAAGGAGAUUCCGUGGUCGCAGAUACCACCUGAAGUACGUCCCCUUUUUCGGGAAGCAGAAGGCAAACAAUGGGCAGAGCACAUUGCCACCGGGGCUUUGGAACUCCGGGGCAUUCAGGCCUCCGAGGAAAUCCGCCAAACAGAGGGCUACCCCGUCUACCCCCUGGCGGGCGAAAUCGAGAUUGGUGGCAGCCAGACACAAGGCGAUGUGCAGGCCGCCUUUUUGCAGGGCCUAGAACUGCGGCGUGAUUUGUGGCUAUCCCUUCCUCGUGACGGGAUCGAGGGGGUGGACCCCCGGCAGUUGGCCAAGGUCAAGAAAGGUAUAUUCGGCCUUUCGGAAUCGCCAAGAAUGUGGUUUGACCGGGUAUGCCAAGUACUUCUGUCGGAAACUUUCACCUUCGCGGAUGGAGACUACAAGUUCCGACCUUGCCCUCUCGACCCCUGCGUUUUCAUCCUGGCCAAGGAGGGCGACAAUGGAGAGCCAGCUGGCUACCUGGCACUUCACGUCGACGACCUCCUGCUCAUCGAUUGGGAGGAGGACGAGUUUGAGUACACCGGCUCCUAUAUCAAGGUCACUGCCGACGGCAUCUACGUGAACCAGGCCAGCUUCUGCGAAGGAAGGUUGUUCCAAGUCGAGGUGGCCCGGGGACAGAACGGGGACGAGCCCGCCACGGAGGAGCAGGCGAUCGACAAUCGAUCUUUGCUCGGGGCCCUGAGCUGGCUGGCGACGCAGAGCAGGCCGGACCUUCAGUGCAGAGUCGCCCUUGGACAGCAACUUCAGAGGACGCCUCUUGUCAAGGACGUGCGCUUCUCCAACUCGCUGACCGCCAGAGCCCUCCGGCACAAAGAAAAGGGGAUUGUCCUCAGACCUAUUCCCCUCGGAGAGAUAGUGUUCGUGACUUUUCACGACGCCGCAUGGGCCAAUGCGGAACACGAAGAGGCUGAAGAUGGCUUCAAACUCACCCUGGAGGAGGUCGAGAAGGGGACGAUCCGCGACCUCUACACCACCGAUCGACCUCGGAUGGCCAAGAAGGUGCACUCGAAGAUCGCCUUGCAGCUCGGGCAUUUGAUCAUGGUCUUUCCGAAGAAGUUCCUGCACGGCGAAAAGUCCGCCGGAAGUCUCCUGGAAUGGAGGAGCCAGUCCUGCAAGCGCGUCUGUAGAAGCACAUUCGGAGCAGAAACAAUGUCUGCAGUCGAAGCUUUGGAGGGUUGCCAGUACAUGCGCUCUUUGCUUGCCACCUUGUUGGAGGGACGGCUCGUGAAGGUCGAAGCCGCCAGGAACAGGUGGCCGCUCCUUUGCAUAACCGACUGCAAGAGCGUGUUUGAUCAUCUCCACCGUGCCGGAGUACCUCGCAUCCCCUCUGAUCGUAGAUUGCCAAUAGACUUGGCUGCUUUUAGGCAAGAGCUUCAGUUCGAGAAGUGGGCAACAAAGUUGCCUCUGCAAUGGGUACCAACGGAAUGCCAGUUGGCGGACCCGAUGACCAAGCCAAUGAAGGUUGACGAUUUCUGGACCUCUCUCUGGGAAGGCUUGAAGCUGCCUUUUCGGAGAGACCUCUUUCAUAAAGAGGAGAGAUUUUAA